AUGGAGGGGCUGAUCCAAGCCCCCGAGCUGGACACUCUUGAGGAGCAGCUGCUGACGAAAAAAGAAAAGAAAGAAAGAAGCAGCAAAAGGCUGUUGGAAGCAGCAGAAGCAAACAGCACAGAAAGGGCCCUUGCGCUCCUCAAGGAAGGCGCAGACCCCGCAGUCGAAGGCGCGGGGCAGUGGACUGCGCUGCAGUGGGCGGUGGUCAAUGGCAACGAGCUGCUGGUGCGGCAGCUGCUGAGCUGCGGGGCAGCAGAACCCCUGCUGCAGCUGCAGCAGCAGCAGCAGCAGCAACAACAACAACAGCAGCAGCAGCAUCAGCAGCUCUCCAUCGAGGCGCAGCCGUGGGAGCUGCCGCCACAGCUGCAGCAGCUGCUGCAGCAGGAGCAGCAAAGGAGGCAGCAAGCAAGAGACAGAAGGCUGCACCAUGUGCAGAAGGCCCCCGAAGAGGUCCCCUCUGCUGCAGCUCGCGCAGCAGCAGCUGCAGCUGCUGCUGCUGCUGCAGCUUCGGCGGCAGCCGCUGCUGCUGCUGCUGCAGCGCCGCCCGAGAAGCCAGCGCCGGCCUCAGCAGCAGCAGCAGCAGCGUCGGCGCAGCAGCAAGAGCCGCAGCAGCAACAGGGGAGCAAUGGAGCGGCGGCAUCAGCAGCAGCAGCAGCAACAGCAGCAGGAACAGCAGCAGCAGCAGGAACAGCAACACCACAAACAGCAGCAACAACAGCAGCAACAACAGCAGCAGCAGCCUCAGGGGAACACCAGAAGCAAUCUCCUCGUGCUCGGCCAGCAAGGAGAAACCACUGGGCAGCAUUCAAGGGCCACACGCGCAUUUUGCAUUUGCUGCUGAAGGCGGGGCUUUCUCCUUUUGACACUGACCUCUUCGGAAACACUUUGCUGCACCAAGCUGCUGCUGGAGGAUCUCUCGAAACAGUAAAGGCCGUACUGGGCCUGGGGGUCCCAGUGGAGGCGAAGAACGCGAGGGGACACACUGCAGCAGCUCUUGCUGCUGAAGCUGUGCGUCUCUUUUGGGUUUUUGAAACCCCCGAAUCGACAGACUGCGACAAGCUCAUCACCUGGUGUGACCUUGCGCAGCGUUCCUCGCUGGCGGCGGAGCAGCGGCUUGUUGCUGCUUUUGAAGAAGGAACCCUAGAUGCUCUGCAGCAGGCUUAUCGCGAAACCGAAGGCUCUCCGCUGGACUGCCGCGCGGAAGCUUUGCUGCAGAGAGAAACCAAAAGGCUCCGCGUAGAGGCCCACAUCAGGCGCGCGCUGCUGUUUGCCGAGGAGCUGCAGCAAAGCUAUACGAAGCAGAAGGACUCCCAAGAAAGCGGCGAAGCACUGCAGCAGCAGCAUCAGCAGCAGCCCGCGGAGGAAAUACCUGCACAGGAACCAGGAAGCCCGAAGGAGCAGCAGCAGCAGCAGCAGCAGAGUGAAGAAGAGCAGUUGAUGCACAAUGAGCAGAGUGGGUUAGAGCGGCAAAGGGAGCAGCAGCAGCAGCAGCAGCAGCAGCAGUUUCAAGAGGAGCAAGAGGACUCUCCUCGUUUCUCGCAGCAGGAGGUGCCGCCGUCGCCUCAAAAGCAGCAGCAGCAGCAGCAGCAGCAGCAGCAGCAGCAGCAGCAGCAGCAGCAGGACGCGGACUUUUUGGAGGAAUUGACUGCUUUGGUGGUGGAAGGGGAAGUUUGCUGCUGCGAUGAAGAGCUGCUGCAGCAGCUAAAGUGCUGCCGCCGUCUCCUUUUUGCUGAAAGAGCUCUUCUCGAGUUGCUGCGCUGCAUUCACAGCUCGCAAGCCUGCCCCCCCUUGCCGCUCUUCGAGUCAGCUGCUGCUGCUGCUGCUGCUGCUGCUGCUGCUGGUGCUGCUGCUGCUGCUGUUGAGGUUGGUGCUGAUGCGGUGCCGGCGCCGCUGCUGUUGGUGUCGCAGAUGCUGGGGCUUUGUUUGGAGUGGGAGGAGGCGAAGGCCCUCGGAGCCCCUGAAGGGCUGCUGCGGCAAGCAGCAGCAGACGCAUUCAAAACAGCGCACCACAUGGCUCUUAGCGUCAAAAUGGAAAAUCUGCUCAUAGAGACAAAACGGCUGCAGCAGGAAGCGAAAAUGCUCGAACAGCUCAAACGAAAGAAGAAGAAACAUAAAAAGAAGCCCAGAAAAGCAGCAGCAGCGCCAGCAGCAGCAGCAGCAGCAGCAGCAGCGCCAGCUGCGGCAGCAACAGAAGCUGCAGCAGCAGCAGCAAAGUGA